AGCCAUUAUCCUCUUUCUCUGGCUACAUCUUCACUUCAUUACCCAUUCAUAGCUAAAACAGUGAAGAAAACUAAAAAAAACAUGGCAGUUUCCUUAUCAUCUCUCACAUCUUCCCUCUCUUCACUCUCCUUUUCUUCAAACAUCUCUCACAAACCAACCUCUCUUUCUCUGCCCAGAACCUUCUCCAUCUCUCGCUCUUCCAAACUCCCCUCCCUAACCGUAUCCGCAUCAGCACUCGCUCCUCCCGCCGAACCCGAAAUCGCUGACCUCAAGAAAUACGUGAAAUCCAGACUUCCCGGUGGAUUCGCCGCUCAAACUAUCAUCGGCACCGGUCGCCGAAAAACUGCCGUCGCUCGUGUUGUUCUCCAGGAAGGAACCGGCAAAUUCGUUAUCAAUUACCGUGACGCUCAGGAAUAUUUUCAAGGAAAUCCGUUGUGGCUUCAAUACAUGAAGGUGCCCCUAAUAACUUUGGGAUAUGAAACUAGUUUUGAUGUGUUUGUUAAAGCUGAGGGUGGUGGUCUCUCUGGUCAAGCUCAGGCAAUCACCCUUGGCAUUGCUCGUGCAUUGCUGAAGGUUAGCGAAGGUUAUAGAGUACCUUUGAGACAGCAAGGGCUUCUCACCAGAGAUGCUAGAGCCGUUGAGAGGAAGAAAGUUGGUCUCAAGAAAGCUCGUAAAGCCCCUCAAUAUUCCAAACGUUGAGGUUGGAGUAACAACGUAUGGUCUGCCCUUUUCUUUCUUCCAUUUCACCCGAUGUCUUUGUAUUAGGAAUCCUGCCCUUUUGACUGUAUGUAAUUGGGAAAUGUAGGUAACUGGCCAACCCAAAUACACGUUUUUACAAUGUUGAAGGUUUUUUUUUUUUGGAGACGGUUCAAUUCAUUAUGUGUAUUAUUUGUUCCUGGUUUAGGUGUACUGAAAUGGAUGAAACAUUGUUUUUGAAUAUCUCAACAAUUUGUAAAAUUUCUGAAGAUGUACCAUGUCUAUAAACGUGUUAUUUUUCUUA